GGGAAGAUCCGAUUGGAAGACACCACAGAGCAGUUUUAUCUCAUUUGUGUCAGAUCCACCCUGUUCUCUAGCCGCCUGAGUCGAAGGUAGCACCUCCUAGUGACCUCUAACGAAUUUAGCCUGAACAAUAAAUUCAGCUAGAUAACGAACGUCAACAGUAUGGUCCUUCACAGACCUAUUACCGCAAUGUACGCCGAUAAUCAACGAUACGGUUCAUCUCUGAUGCACGCGCCUGGUGAUAUUGAGAGGAAUUAUCGCAAUACUCUUGCCAAAACCAAUCUCAGGUCCGAUAGAAGAGAUUUGGGACUUCACACUUUUACCGGUUCUCACUUACACGGCGGCACGCCCCCAGCUGACCGAGGCUCAAUGCCAAAAACCACCGGACCAAGAUCCACGACCCAGAACCUGUACGAGCCAGUUGUUACAGGAUAUGGUCCAGGAUACUAUGAUCACUUGAGGGCAACAUCCCCCGAACCCAGGAAGCGAGUUCCCAAGACAUUGCCUGGGGACUACGUUGAUGACAUUGGUCUCCCGUCGUCCAAGUUGAGAGAUUUAGAUUUCGAAUACAAAACCUUACCAACAAAGAUCUACAGUGAUAUCGACAACGGAGCGAAGACAACGACUAAGAAGACAACCAUAACAGAACACUGGGUGCCUCUUACCACGCACAUAUAUAGCACACCUUACCACACUUAUUACUACAAGUCCAGUCCAUUUUCCAGCUAUACGUACAGAACCGCCGAUGAUUUGUAUAGCUACGAUUAUCUCGAUGACUACAAAAGAUAUUCGAAAACGACGACUACGACGAAGACCAGGAACGUCGAUGCCUUAGAUCUUAGUACAACUACGAAGAGCAACUUCGACUACAAGCAUUAUUCUGAAAAAUGCCAUGAGAUUCAGAGUCAGUUGGACCAAGUGAAUAAAUGGGUCUCUGAUGCGGAAUCCAAGAUAAAGAACGAAGUAGUGACUUCGAGGAACAAGAUGCAGGUUGAUCUUGCUGAGGUUGCGCUGAUUGUCGAAGAUACUGCCAAAUACAACGAUGAGCUUUACAGAGCAAUCAAGAAGCAAUCCAAGCAAAUAUCAGAUCUGAAUUCGCAGUAUGACCAUCUUAAUCGAAACAUAUCCGAUGUCGUGGAUAUGCUGGAGAAGUCGAGACAGCGGUGCCAGACUUUACAGUCGGAUAUUUCUUCCGUAAAAUCCGUCAUGGAACAAACAUAUAAGUAUUACCGAAUGUGAAUUAUCUAAAAGGGAGGAAAUGGUUUCUACGGAGUCUACAAAUUUCUUAAAGUGGAUAUGAAGACAAAUAUGUGAUAAUCGCUUUUCCCCUGAUUUUGAGUCGAAGAAUGUAAAAAAGCAUCUAAUUACUAAUGUGCAUGUAAUUUGUACUUUAAAAGUUGGUUGAAAGUUUAGUGAAAUGUUAUAAAUUGCAUAAUUUGAAAAUUUAAUCUAGGUUUUCGAAUCUGCAUUUUAGAUUGACGAAGAGGAGUUUGUCAUCUAAGCUAAAAUCACUUAUAUUACGAGCAAUUAUGCAUAAAUUUAAAAAACAGUUGAUUUUUGCUUUCUUUUUCUAUAUUUGGCUUUUGAGGUAUCAUUAACGCAAAAAGUUUUGAAUACAAAUUACUAGUUUUCAAAGAAGUGUGCUGAACACAAAAUUAUUAUCGAUCUACGACUGACAAAAAUAUCAAGCAGUACUGUAAAUUUUAUCACUAUCGUCUGUGAGCAUACGAGUUUAUUAAAAAAGGACAAAGCAAUGUGAAAAUUCAUUCAAAUAAUAGCAUUAUUAAUAAUGAAAAUAACUAUGUUCGACAGAUUUAAUUGCAGAUAGUUAAAGUAAAUCAAAUGCCAAGAUUGUGUGUAAAUGCUACUAAAAAAAAGUGUUCUAAUAUUGUUAUAAAUAUAACUAUAUGGAUUUGAACUAUAAAAAAAAAUAUUGAUUGAUUUAACAUAGGUAAAAAAUCAAUAGGGCAAAGAUGAAUGGAUAUUUCUUACAAUUACUGUACCGUUUUCGUCAAAAAUAUUUUUAUUUCCAGAGAGAGACAGAAAUGCUUAUCUUUCAACAAAUGCGCUUUUGAAGUAUAAAUGAAGAUGCAUUUGCUUUCAACAAAAUCAUUAUUGUUUAAAAUCAAUUCUCAUUGUUGCUGCUUUCUGUAAGCAUAAUUUCUGCGGCAUAUACACUUAAUAUUUUAUUUCUUUAUUCUUGUUUGUAAUUUUUGUUCUCUUUUUCUGUCUUGUAUAUAAAUUUAACCUUUAUGAAUAAAAUAUUUCUCGAA